AUGUUUAAGAAAAGAAAUAUAAUUGGUAAUAAAAGAAAAAGAGAAGGAAUAAAGGAGUCUACACAAAAUAAUGAAAAUACUGGCGAAGAAAAUAUUACUCUUAAAGCAAGAAAGAUAGUUGUUGGUAGCUUAGCUAUAUCAGCAGAUUCAAAGAUAAAAAAUUCAACUGUGAAAGAAACUGAAGUAAGCAAAGAGAAGGAACAAGGAAAGGAUAUACACGAUAGCAAUGAAGUAUCUGCAAAAGAAAUGAAAAAUCGUAUUGGUUUCACAAUGCGAAGCCAGAAAUCACAGAUUACGCAGCCUAGUAAUGUUAAAAUUAGUACAUUAAUGGACUAUCAGCCUGAUAUAUGUAAAGAUUUCUUUCAGAAUGGGUACUGUGGUUAUGGUGAUAAUUGUAAGUUCUUGCAUACAAGAGAGAAGUUAAAUGAAUAUUCUAACGAAUUCCGGCCUAAUAAAAACGAAGUAUCAAAAAUUGGAAGACAGAAUGAAAGCAAGCCUGUCAAUAAUAUCAAAGACGAUAAUUCUAUACCUAAGGAGUGUAAAAUAUGUAAUAGAGAGCUAAAGAAGCCUAUUAUAAAAACAAAUUGUGACCAUUACUUUUGUAAUGAUUGUUUCGUAAAAUCUAUUAUAAAGUCAACAAACUGUAAGGUUUGUGGGAAGGAUACACAAGGGGUUGGUAAAAUAUUUAAAAUUAAAAAUUAA